GUCUGCGCGAGCCUCUGCAGCCUUGCACAUCAGACGAGUCCCGCCUCUUUGAGACCCAAACGGACUGUGUAAAGGAGACAUCAACCAACCACCCACAGAGGCUGGAAAAUCCCUCCGGACAUCAUCACCGGAGAGCAUCACUCCGCAUCUCGACGCCGGUCGUCUGUCUGUCUGUGUCGGGUGUCAGGUGGACGGAUCAGCUUCCGGGCGGGACUCGGCAGCCAGCUGGAGGAGUGACAGUUUGGAUGUCAGUGAGUGAAACGUCUAUAUGGAAACAAAAUCGGGAAUACGGGUUAUAGCGUGUAUAGACUCGGUUAUUCCCACUGUACAGAGCAGAUCAAGCGCUUAAGGAAGUGAGUUUGUGCUGUGGUGAAACCUCACAGGCUGAUCAGCAGCAUGACAGACAUGAAGCUGCUGGAGAAAGUUAAAAAUCUAACAGGCAACUGCGUCAAGUAGUCUGCCGCGACCGGACUGCAACCAUGUAGUCCCCUUUUAGUCAUGCAUUCAGAGCAGAGGAUAUACUGUUUGCAGAUGUCACGCAGGACACUUUGAAGAGUAGCUCGUAGGCUGUGAGGAAACAGGACUGAGACAGGUUUAUUUGCGCUCCUGGUCCCGUCCGCGCCGUUUGCAGCUCCUGCCUCUCCAAGCAAACAUGGCAAGACUACGGAGGAAAGCUUGUAUAGCUCUGUUUCUUUUCACGCUAUUCAUCUUCGGGACCAUGAUGGGACUGAGGACCCUGAAGCCCAGUGACGGCUUCUCGGAUCUGGCUCCGGGUUUGGAGCUGCUGCCGAUGAUAGCCGGGAAGAUGGACCGGCGUUCCGUGUCCCGUGACGCCACCGCGUCCCCGGGUCAAGCUCACCCAGCCGGCAGCAACACCAAAGCAGUUCUGUCCAACACCGGCCCCGAGGGGACCAUAUUUUACGAUGUUCAUAUCUUUUACUACAGCUGGUACGGCAACCCACACAUGGACGGCAAGUAUAUCCACUGGGACCACAUCCUGGUUCCACACUGGGACCCCAAAAUCGCAUCCAGUUACCCGAGAGGGAGACACAUGCCGCCCGAGGACAUCGGCUCCAGCUUCUACCCCGAGCUCAAUCCGUACAGCUCCAGGGACCCGGACGUGUUGGAGUCCCACAUGGAGCAGAUCGGAGCCUCUGCUGCAGGGGUUCUGGUCCUGUCCUGGUAUCCUCCCGGCCUGGCUGACGACAAUGGGGAACCCGCUGAGGAUUUGGUACCAUCUGUACUAGAUGCUGCGUAUAGACACAACCUCAAGGUUGCAUUUCACAUCCAACCAUACAGAGGACGAAACGACCAGAGUGUGCAUGACAAUAUCAAGUAUAUCAUUGACAGGUACGGAGACCAUGGAGCCUUCUACAAGUUUACUACCAGCACAGGGAAGAGCCUUCCUCUAUUUUAUAUCUAUGACUCCUACCUGACUCCUCCAGAGUCCUGGUCUGAAUUCUUGACUCCCACCGGUUCCCACAGUGUGCGUGGCUCUGCCUACGACGCCAUCUUCAUUGCCCUGAUUGUGGAGGAGCGCCACAAGCACGACAUCCUCGCAGGCGGCUUCGAUGGCAUGUACACUUACUUCGCUUCCAACGGUUUCUCCUUCGGCUCUUCUCACCAGAACUGGAAGGCCAUCAAAGCUUUUUGUGACGGCAACAAUCUCCUUUUCAUCCCCAGUGUCGGACCUGGUUAUAUUGACACCAGCAUCCGGCCGUGGAACAACCACAACAUGCGCAACAGGGUGAACGGUCGUUACUACGAGACAGCCUUGCAGGCGGCGCUGAAUGUGAGGCCGGAGAUUGUCACCAUCACGUCUUUUAAUGAGUGGCACGAGGGGACGCAGAUAGAGAGGGCAGUGCCUAAAAAGACGGUGACCCGUGUGUACUUGGACUAUCAGCCGCAUGGACCUGAUCACUACCUGGAGUUGACCCGGCGCUGGGCGGAGCAGUUCAACAAAGAGAAGGAGCAGUGGCUCAUGUGAGCUCUCAUCAAAGUGACUUGAAACAGCAUGCUCUAGUGGUAGUGUGUGUGCACAUGAAAGGGAAAGAACAAAAGAGAGGGAGUGAAUGUAGAGACUGAUCAAUAUAGAUGUGUGUGUGAGAACAUGCUUUUACCUUUAACUGGACCGGAUGUGAGAGUUUCUGCGAGUGUGUGCAUACUUUUGUACACACAUGCUGAUCUGCAAGAACAGGACUCUGUGUCGGCGGUGUGACUUCUCUCCGUUGAGUUUCUGGGGAGUUUCCAUUGAGCUGUAAAAGGCCGAAUCUGGUGUUCGUCCACUUGAUGCAAUUUAAUGAACGAUUGUCUCAAACACACUGAGAAAACGGUCAUCACAUGAGAGCCUCAUUUCCUUCUCUGCAGCUAAAGAAUAGUAUCCAUUACAGUAGCCAGACACUCCUAAGGUUUCGCUUUCAUCGAUCAAACUGAAUGAGACACUAAUUUUGAUCCUCCCUUUACUCAAGAGCUCGUUGAAGCGGUGAUGAUAUGGUGCUUUAAAAGCAGUAAGUAGGGGUGAGGCAUGCAAGUGUACAGUUUAGCAUUUUGGGCAAUACAUUAAUUCACUUUCUGGCAGACAGUUGAUUGAUACUAUUUUCACAUCUGUCUGUUAAAUAUGAAGCUACAGCCAGUUAGCAUAGCUUAGCAUUAAGACUGGAAACAGUCACAAAAGUUAUUGACCUGCAGUUCUAAGGAUAUUUUAUUAACCCAUUAUACCUCAUUUGUUAGUCCCUACAAAAACCGAUGUGUAAAAAUGACAUGUUGUAGUUUAACGACAAUUUCUGACCUUCUGGAGUCCGCUGGUUUCCUGGCAACCUUGCUGCUACGUCUAUCCUCUCUAACUCUCGGCAAGAAAGGGAAUAUGUUUAUUUGCCAAUAGGUCAGAUUUUGCUGUAAGAGUCAAAUGUUGUGUGAUUUUGAAUGAGGGUUUUGUAUCAUUUCAGAUUUUUUUUUAAUUCUGUCAAAAAAGCUGCAGAAGUGAAACCCCACUUCUGAAACUUCAGAAGAGUAUAAUAGUUGGCAAGUAAAACAAAUACACUUCAAGUAUUUAUAUAUUAUAGCAUGCAGAUUAGCUCUGCUCCUCUCCACAUAGAGGUGUUCAGGUUCAGAGGGUCAAUCAAUUGGGCAAAUAACGCAAGUCAGACAGGCUUUUGGUUCGAACCAGGAACCCUCUUGCUGUGAGGCGACAAUGCUAACCCCUGCACCACCAUGUCGCCCCUUCUGAAGUGUAUUUAAGCUAAACUUGGCCUUGAAGUUGUAAAAAGUUCUUUAAGUUCUUCCUCUAUUCAUCUGAAUUUCAUCUGAAUUUCGGUGUAAUUCUCUUAAUGGAAAGAAGCCAUGUUGAUCGUGGGCACACAUUAACUUCAUUCACCUCAGUAAAAACAACAGAAUCAGGUGUUAAGUGUGAAGGCCGGGCUCAGGGUUUUGGAGUGGCUGUAUGAAUAAAAAUGUACCACUCACCGGAGCACUCUGUUAUAUGGAUUCCUGUGGUUUAGAUUGGAUGAAAUCCUGCUGUCUAUUAAAGUAAAAGCUACUUUCAGACAGGCAUAUUUGAGAAUAAAAGUAUGCUCUUUGGCU